AUGGGGGGUGGGGGAGGAGUUAUCAGAGAUGAUCGUGGCCGCAUUUUGGGAGGUUUUGCGGAGCCGCUUAGAGCAGAGUCAGCCAAGGAGACGGAACUUACGGCUCUCAACCGGGGACUCGAAAUUGCAAAGGGCCUCGGUAGUGGAGUGUGGAUCGAGACUGACUCGCUUGAGAUGGUGAAUCUGAUCACGAAGGAAAGCCGAGGAGCAGCUCAGAUACGCCACCUUUUGACAGACAUCAGAAAUAAACUCAGGGGCCUCAACUUCAAAAUCACGCAUAUUUGUAGGGAGGGCAACAAGGUGGCAGACUACCUGGCAAAACAAGGGGGAAACAGGGAAGACCGGAUCACUUUUGAUCAAGACUCAGCCCCGCCCAUGGUCAAGAUCUUGGCCCGUAUGGAUCGAAUGGGAAUCCCGAGUGUGAGAGAAUAG